CAGCAAUUGCACUGAAGUUGUGGAGGGUCAGAGUGCUUAACUGGUAACACGGAGCGACAUGAGAUCAUCAGUUUACAUCCCAGGUCCUUCUCAUCUGUUACUGUAUAUCAAAGCAGAAAAGAGUCAUAAUGAAUGAUGUUACAGUCUGAGGUUCCCAUUGAGUUGCAGCAGAUUUUUCUGUUCUACAUUUAGACUGUGCUUCUUCGGGGGAGGAGGUGACUCCAUAUGAUUCCUCAUAUCACAGCUGCAAGAGAUGUCAGUCCCCCCAGAGGAUCAUGAGUGUAUAUAACAAGGAUCUGCUUGGCUGGCUGCCUGUUUUUGUUUACUAAAUGUGAAACAGUUUCAUUACGUUGUUUCAAACAGCUGAACAGCCCAGGGUGGAGACUGCGCUCUUGCUGGGGAUGAGCCAGUCAUGGACACAUGAUAGCUGGUAACACCAACCGCCAAACUACAAGGCAUUGCAAAACUGCAGAGGCUUCCAAUGCAUUCAGAGACAUGAGAUCAACAGAGAAACAGAAAGAGAAAAGAUAUUCAUUCCCACUCUGGAAGAGAUUGAGUUGAAUGUGUGGGAAUUUUUUUUUCCAUUAACAAAAGAAGAUGCAUAAAAAUGAUUAAAAAGUGAAAAGGACUUAACUGCUGAGAGACGGAGAGACCUUUGAGAUAUUCUGAAGUUGGAUUAAACUUUUAUUGAAGUAGUCUGUACAGAGAUGUAAGAUUAGCACUGCUUUCUCACUCAUGUCACCACUGUGAACAGUAUGAUUUUUGCAUAGCUGAACUAGUUUCCAUGAUUAAUUUUUAAUGCCGCAAAUAACACUGGAGUUGUACCUUCAUGGGCGUUGGUUUAUAUUGUGUGAAAUGCUUUGCAAGAGGUCAGCACUGGUCUUGCAGGAUUAUAAUACAAAGGCUCGGUACAAGAAGGAAAAUUAGGGAAGCGAAUUUGUGAGGGCACAUCAGAUAUACAAAUGAAGCUGAAUAGUCAAGUGAAGGAAUCCAAGCUUACUUUUUCAAGUUUAAGACAGGUUUGAAAGCAACACUGUCUAAAGAUUUUUUGAUGCUUUGGAAGGCAGCUUUAUUGUCAACAGGAUGGAGAAGCGUGAGGGUAUUAAUGGAGAGGCAGUUGAACAGCGUACUUCCUCGGAGAGUGAGGCUGUGGUUCAAUCUGGAGGCAAGGUCCACUUCCCUGUGACCAUCCCGAUUAGCACACUCCUGUUCUGUGCGGAAGUAAUAGCAGCCGGAGUGUUAUGUGGAUUGUAUAGCCGACAGGAGGAUACAUUCUGGUUGGCAUUGACAAUUCUGUUCAUGGUGGUUCCAUCAGUACUAAUCCAGUUAGCCCUAACGUUCAUUCACCGAGACCUGAGUCGUGAUCAACCGUUGAUUUUGCUUCUGCACAUGCUUCAGUUGGGACCAGUAAUCAGAUGUGUGGAGGCACUGAUCAUCUACUGUCGUUCUGGGAGGAAGGAAGAGCCUUAUUACAGCAUCACCCGCAAAAGGAAUCUGCUGAAGUAUGGAGAAGAAGAGAUUGAGAAGCAAAUUGGACAGUCGUCACUAAAGCUAACUACUCACUGUAAUGCCUUUAAACGUGCAUCAGUUAUCCAGGCUUUUUUGGGCUCCAUCCCUCAGCUGACACUGCAGCUGUAUGCCAGUGUAGAGGAAAAAUACAUUCCACCAGAGAGAGGGGUUCUGAUGGGGAUCUGCUUAGCAUCUGUCACCUAUGGUGCCCUCAUCUGUAACGUCUUGGCCAUACAGAUCAAGUACGAUGAUUAUAGAAUACGAAUGAAGCCAUUGGCAGUCAUCUGCAUUGUUUUGUGGCGGGUCUUUGAAAUUGCAACCCGGGUUAUUGUCUUGGUACUCUUCUGUACUGCCCUUAAGUACUGGAUCUGCAUUGUUGCCCUCACUAAUAUUUUUACUGUGUUCUUUUAUCCAUGGAUCCAGUUCUGGAGGUCCAAAACAUCACUGCCAGAAAAUAUUGAAAAGAACUUUAGUAAAUUUGGCACUGUGGUGGUUCUGUGUCUAGUCACAUUUCUGUAUGCUGGCAUCAACAUGUUCUGCUGGUCUGCCGUUCAUCUGAACCUUGGUGACCGUGAUUUAAUCGACAAGUCUAUGAACUGGUGUCACCUGUCAGUACAUUAUGCUGUACGUUUACUGGAGAACACAUUGCUCCUGUUGCUGUGGUACUUUCACAAAACUGAUUUCUAUGAGUACAUUUGUACACCAUUCUUAGUUGUUCAGCUGCUCAUCUGUUAUUGCUUUGGCAUAUUUUUCAUGUUAGUGUUUUAUCAGUACUGUCAUCCCUGCCGAAAACUCUUCUCACACAACUUCGCAGACUGGUUGCACUGUAUAUGCUGUGAGCGAACAAACCAACAAAGAAUGAAGUCUCGUAAUUUCAGCAAGGGUGGAAGGCCUAUUGAUGCCACCCUACCUAUCUAAAGACAACAAAAGCCUUUGCAGAACUGGUGUACUUUCUAAAGCUACGCAAUUGAAUGAAUGGAAGUCAUGCAAUUGUUGGAUUACAGAAUUAAUUUAUGAAUGCUUCUGUAAAGAAUGGUAUUUAUGUGUAUUACAGGCAUAACUAUGGAUUUGUGCUGCUUGAAAUGCCAUGAAUAAACUUAUUCAGAUAGGAA